UCAGGUAGCGGUGGUACAGGAGAGAUUCGUGUUUUAAACAGCCACCAAAGGGGGACUGGUCAUUUCUGCUUUCGCCGCAGGACCUCAAACAGACAAUUGUACAACGUGUGUCAGAAGUCGCCAACUGCUCUUUGCACGAAAUAAACCAAAACAAUAAUGAAUCAUCCAUUCGUGCCGAUGACUUCCUGAUAACAUUCCUAAAAAUGCUCUAUGCGUGUUGGUAUGUGCUAGAAGAUGGCGGAGUUGGACGGUGGCGAUUUUGCUCCGAACCAGUCGGAGAACAGUAUGGCUAACAAGAAUAGUACCCUGCGCUGUACUUUCUCCGCCCCGAGCCAUAGUGCCACUCUCCUCCAGGGCUUGUCGGUUUUGCGGGCUCAGGGUCAGCUCCUGGAUGUCGUGCUGGCUGUCAAUGAAGAGCACUUCCAGGUCCAUAAAGCAGUGCUGGCCGCCUGUAGUGAUUACUUCAGAGCUAUGUUUACAGGAGGCAUGAGGGAGUCAAACCAAGACACCAUUGAGCUGAAGGGUUUGUCAGCCCGAGGGCUGAAACAUAUCAUCGACUUUGCCUACAGUUCAGAUGUAACUUUAGACCUGGACUGUAUUCAGGAUGUUCUGGGGGCUGCUGUGUUUCUCCAGAUGGUUCCCGUAGUGGAGCUUUGUGAGGAAUUUCUUAAGUCUGCAAUGAGUGUCGAGACCUGCCUUCACAUUGGGCAGAUGGCCACCACGUUCAGCUUGUCUUCCCUCAAAGAGUCCGUGGAUGCCUUCACCUUUCGUCACUUCCUCCAGAUUGCUGAAGAAGAGGACUUUCUUCACAUUCCUAUGGAGCGCCUCAUCUUCUUCCUGCAGAGCAACAAGCUGAAGAACUGCAAGGAGAUCGACCUCUUCCACGCUGCCAUAAGGUGGCUCCAGCAUGAUGAGUCCCGUCGGGCUCAGGCGAGCAGCGUCCUCUGCCACGUGCGGUUUCCACUCAUGCUCUCCUCAGAGUUGGUAGACAGUGUUCAGACGGUGGACAUCAUGGUGGAGGAUGUACUAUGCCGCCAGUAUCUCCUUGAGGCUUUCAAUUACCAGAUCCUUCCCUUCCGACAGCAUGAAAUGCAGUCCUCACGGACGCUCAUCCGCUCUGACGUGUUGUCCCUCAUCACCUUUGGUGGGACCCCCUACACUGACAACGACCGCACAGUGAGCACCAAGUCUUACUACCUUCCUGAUGCUGCUUCCCGUCAGUUCAAAGAGCUGACAGAAAUGGAGACAGGGUGCAGCCAUUCCUGUGUCGCAGUGCUUGACAACUUUGUGUACAUUGUCGGUGGGCAGCACUUACAAUACCGCAGUGGGGAGGGGGCCGUGGACAACUGUUUCCGCUACGACCCGCAUCUUAACCAGUGGCUACGCAUCCAAUCCAUGCAGGAGGCUCGCAUCCAGUUUCAACUCAAUGUCCUGCAGGGACAACUAUACGCAACUGGAGGCCGUAAUCGAUCCGGGAGUCUGUCUUCCAUGGAGUGUUAUUGCCCAAAAAAGAACGAGUGGUCUUAUGUGGAACCGUUGAAACGCAGAAUUUGGGGCCAUGCUGGGACUUCGUGCAGAGAAAAGUUGUACAUUUCAGGAGGUUACGGGGUCUCGUUGGACGACAAGAAAACGCUCCACUGCUAUGAUCCAAUAUCAGACCAGUGGGACUUCAAAGCCCCCAUGAAUGAACCCAGAGUGCUGCACGCCAUGAUCAGCACCCAACAACGUGUUUACGCUCUGGGUGGCCGCAUGGACCAUGUGGACCGCUGUUUCGAUGUGCUGGCGGUUGAGUAUUACAGUCCAGAAAGUGACCAGUGGACGACUGUCAGUCCCAUGAGAGCAGGGCAGUCCGAGGCGGGCUGCUGCCUUCUGGAUGCUAAGGUCUACAUCAUAGGGGGCUAUAACUGGCACCUGAACAAUGUCACAAGCAUCGUUCAAGUCUACAACACCGAGACGGAUGAGUGGGAAAGGGAUCUGCACUUUCCAGAAUCAUUUGCUGGCAUCGCAAGUACGCCGAUUAUACUUCCUCAGAACACCACACAACGCUGAGCUCCUGACCUGCAACUGUGAAGACUAUUCUGUGUGACCUUCUACUGCCCAAUGGAUUAAAUGAAGGUGUGAACGUCUUGCUUACAUAUUGAUGAAGGUUUGUUUUUUAGUUUUUUAGACUUCAGUUGACAUAAACGUGACUUUUUUAAUAUAGUGUAGCAUAUUUAAGAAACUUUCUUUAAGUUUUAGGAAUCAUAGCUAUGACUUCUGAUGAGCAGGUUUCAUUGAAGAGGCAAGGUUUUUGAUAACCUAAUAAUCAGAGUAAAUGCAGGUCUGAAAAUGUAUUAAUCCAAUCAUAAUUAUUGCAGAGAUCCUACAGAAAAGGCUAGACUGUGAUUACCCUGGUCUAGUUAAUCAUGGAAAAGAUGACAAAAUCUUUCCAGCCUUUAUUUUUUAUUCCUUUGUCAAAUGUUUUAUGUCUUUCCCUCUGUAUUUUAUUUCUAUUUUGUGUCCUCCCAUUUUUCCUUAUUUCUGUCCACAUUUUUCUCCUUUCUUUCUUUUCCCUCCCUUAUGUCCAUUUCUUUUUUGUGUGCUUCUUUGCCUUCUUUGUUCCUUGUUUACUUACUCCCUCAAGUCACUUUUUUUUUCUUUUCCUGUUCCUUGCACCCUUCCUUCCUUGUUCUGUGUCCUUUCUUCUUUUCCUUUUUUUAGUUCUACUUCCUUAGUUAUGAUUUUCCUCCUUUCCUUUCUCGUGUCCUACAUUUGUUCAUUACGUGUGUGCUUCCUUCCAUGCUUCUCUUCCUCCUUGUCUACUUCCCAUUCUGCACCCAUUCAUUCCUUGUAUUCUUCCUUUUGUACUUUGAGGCAUUCAUUAUUCCCUUCCUUGCUUGUCUUUCCUCCAUUUUCCUUCCUUUUUUGUGUUGUUUUUAUUCCUUGUCUCUUUUCUCCCUUUCAAUUGUUGUCCACCCUCUUUUUGUUCUGUUCAUUUCUAUAUUGUGUCUUUUCUGUUCUGUCAUUUCAUUCCUUAUGUUCUAUUGUUAGGGCUGCACAGUGGCGCAGUUUUUAGCACUGUUGCCUUGCAGUAAGAAGGCCUGUGCAUGCGUGGGUUCUCUCCGGGUACUCCGGCUUCCUCCCACAAUUAACCUAACAUGACUGUUAGGUUAAUUGGUCUCUCCAAAUUCUCCCUAGGUGUGAGUGUGUGUGUGUGCAUGGUUGUGUGUUCUGUCUGUCUUUGUGUUGCCCUGCGAUAGACUGGUGACCUGUUCAGGGUGUACACCGCCUCUUGCCCAAAACGUUAGCUGGAGUUAGGCACCAGCAGCCCUCCCGAUCCCACCAGGGACAAGGGUGUUAGAAAAUGGAUGGAUGGAUGUUCUAUCUUUAUCAAUCAAUCAAUCAAUCAAUCAAUCAAAUUGUAUUUGUAUAGCACAUUUCAGCAGCAAGGCAUUUCAAAGUGCUUUACAUCAUUAGUCCUUCCUUGUAUCUUAUUUCUUUAUACAGUAUGUGAAUCCUAUAAAUUGAUGAUGAAUGUUUGAAUUUUAUAUUUUAAAAUGGUGAUAAGACUAAGUCUGAAAUCUUUAUACAUGUAGGAACACUUUUCUUAAAUGCUUGGCAAUUUAGAAAGUGUAUUAUCACAACCCAGUUAACUGGUGUAGCAGUAGCUAAAUUAUUGUAGAUUUUCGGAGGAAAGUAUUACUUUAAUUUGUAAAUGUGAUAAAAACCAAUGAAGGGCUUACAUUACAAAAGGCACAUCAGAUAUGACAUUCCUUAGAAAAUCAGCAUUUAAAAUGUUGGACAAUUUGAUUGUACAGAAGUUUUAUUUGUUAUGCUGUUUAAUUUUUGAAACAAUUUACCUUUAAGUCAGUUACUGUAGCUAUAUCCUAAUCAACAAGCUGCAUAUUAGCACAUAAUGCCGGCACAAAAACAAGAAUAGGAUGAUUUACAGUUUAAAAUAUGUUCCACAUGAUUUUACUCUUUAUGUGAAUGUCUUUCUGAUUUCUGAUGUGUUUAAUGGAACUGAAACUGUUUCAGAUGUUUCUUGUUCUGUCCUAAAAUCACACACAACUGCAGACCUCUUGCGGCAGCUACAUGAAUAAUUUAUUUGUGUCUUGAUACAAUGUUUUGCAUCGUUUUUUUUCUCUUUCCUUGAAGCUUGUUCACUUAAUUUUUACAGUUUUAAUUUUUCUGCAUCCUUUGCACUUCUGUAGCUGUAUUUAUGAGAUAUUGUGUUUGUACAUGACCUAUGUAUUUGUUUUUACUUUAAGAAGCAAACCUUUUGUUUUUUUUUUCUUUUUGAACUUGACCACCUCCAUGAUAGUGAGGAGGGUUUUUGUGGAAAAGUGUCUGCUGUCUGCUUGCCUAAGCGUGUCUUUUUCUGCUUGUACCAAUCAAAGCACAUUAUAUUGACAAAGUGCAAUACAGUGAAAACUGAUGUACUCCAGGGGGAAUGUACAAGUUUGUGUAGCUUCAUGUCAAUCCUUUAUUAAAGUCAAUAAUGUUAAAAUGUAAA